GUCCAUGGUACAUCAAUACUGCUUGCGAGGCUGUUCGACGUUGUGGUGCAUGCUGACACCUCUGGCAAUCCCAAUGCAGGUGAUGCCAAUCUAACCUAUCCCUAUCACGCAAGACAUGGUUUGUUCACGUCCUCAGAGGGCAAUCGAGAGAAGAUUGCUCGAGGUCAUUGGCCAAAAUCACACCGGUCGACAGUCGUACCAUUGUUGCAUGGGGCAGGCGGAGCCAGGCAUACACCGCGUCACAUGAAGCAACACGGACUAUAUCUGAAGACGACACCCCUUUCCACCAACUUUGGACUGUGCCAAGGGAGCUGCCUCGCAACAGCAUCACCAUUUUAACGAUAGUGUCGUUGAUCGAAGAGUCACUCUCUUUUUGUUCUCUCGCUAAUACCUCUGCUGGUGGGAGAAUGUGGGAGAAUAUCUCCAGAUCCCCCAGAAUCAACUAGCUCACGCGAUCAUCAGUCGGAUGGCCGUCCGAGGCUCUUUUCGAUCACACCACCCGACAAGGCCAAAUCGCGAACACUCUAGAACCGUCAAAUAGUCUUACCAAGACACUUGUGGACUGGAAAUCGUUGGAUGAUGCGAGGUGGAGUGAGCCAUAAAGCCCGCUAUGCCACGUGACCCUGUGAGUACAAUCCCCUCCACCACUCCGCCCCUUGCCCUGCUUCGCCGUCCCAAACUCAUGUGACGGAUCUCUGGGUGUUUGUCAACGUUGGUCGAGUAUAAAUAAGGGAAUGUAAGAACAACCCCCCAGAAAUAAAGGAAGAAGACAAGCUGUCUCGAACUACCAACCAAACCACUCGACAUAAAGCACAGUCACACACAAUGUCUCCGUUGAAUCUCAACACAGUCCUCAAACCACCGCACGUUACCUUCGACUCGCGCGGGCCGUACCACCGCUCAUCCAUCCGCUCGGUGUUCGACUUCUUGGGCGCCGGGGAGCUGGACACGGUGUUCAACCAGAAACAUCAUCGCCGCCACAGCCAGGGCCACUCGGUCUACGAGGAGGACGUCGUCUUCCCGAACUUCACUGUCAGAGAAACGGCCGAGGCAUACUUUCUAGAAGGCGACUUCCCAGGCAUCCACAACCCGAACGACAUCAGGAUCGAGCGCCUGGGCUCCCAGGGCCUGCUGGUCGAGGCACAGGCGCCGGAACUCGAUCUGUACCACGAAUGGGGCAAUGUCUGGGGCAUCCGGCCGGAGAAGGAGGCGCGGGUGGAAAGAGGCGCCAGCCAGGCCACCGCCGAGGGUGGACCGGGGAGUGCGAAACCCCGGGGCGUCGACACGAGCACUCGCUCCCCGGACCACGAGCACGAACACGGUCAUAAACACGAACACGCCCAGACCGGCGACGGCGACGGCGAAAACCCACACGGCGACAACGAGGGCAAAACCGGCGGCGAAAAGGGCAGCGAGCCCGCGAAACCCCACAAGCUGCACCGCAGGGAAUCGUCCUCGCACGCCGAGGACGACGAGCCCAUGGCGACGACGCUGCUGUCGGAACGGCACGCGGGCCGGUUCCUGCGGUCCUUCACCUUCCCGCACACGGUGGACCUGGACCGGAUGAAGGCGCGGCUCAAGGACGGGGUGCUGCGGAUCGCGCUGCCCAAGGCGUCGGUCCGCGAGAGGGGGUCGAGCUACAAGGUUGAAUAUGGCGGGUGAGGUGAGGUGAGAUGAGGUGCUGUCGCUCUUAAGUUUUCAUAGGACAUGUACCCAGCUGGAUCUUCGGGAGCAAGGAGUUGAAUCUGGCUCGCGCGGUCAGCCCACGGAGCUGCUCGGGAGUGCUCUGCACGCUCAACGAGACUCACCUUUAAAAGCUGGGCUUGACCUAGCGUCGGACGGUCGAAUAGUCAAAUAACCCCUCAAGUUGUAAUGUAGCCAUUUCAUCCCAUCAGGCCUGUAGCCUCACUGUGCGUUGCCCGUCUCCUGGGGCUUCCUGGACGAGCACUACUUGACACCCAUAUAGAUCUUGGAAGACAACGCAACUUUUCAGCCUCGAAUCUCCGAUCCAGUCAGGGCCACCACCAGGUUUGAACCAGCGAUAGGGGGUCUGACUUAUGUUGCUCGCCGUCGAAGAAGAGAGGUAUGAUGGUCAUCACUUUUAAGGAUUCACAGACACAAAACCCUUACUUUGGAGUUUGCAC